AAUACCGACAACUAGUAGGACAACAAUAAGGAGAACCGACGAAUCCACAGCACAGACAACCAAGUCUACAACGGCACAAACUACAAAAAGUUCAACUCAUGCAAACAACAAUACCUACAACUAGUCGGACAACGUUAAGGACAACCGACGAAUCCACAGCACAGACAACCAAGUCUACAACGGCACAAACUACAAAAAGUACAACUCAGCAAACAACAGUGCCUACAACUAGUCGGACAACGUUAGGGACAACCGACGAAUCCACAGCACAGACAACCAAGUCUACAACGGCACAAACUACAAAAAGUGCAACUCAGCAAACAACAACAAUACCGACAACUAGUAGGACAACGUUAAGGACAACCGACGAAUCCACAGCACAGACAACCAAAUCUACAACGGCACAAACAACGCAGCGGACAACUCAAGCCACAACGACGAUUACAACGAUUCGGGUAACGACAGACAUCGAUGCCUGUUUGGCAGCUCCAUGUCACGUAAACGCCACCUGCACAGACCAUCCCGCCCCUGCACUUGACGCAACUUGCACCUGCCACACUGGAUAUGCGGGAGACGGCCUUGUCAGUGGGACUGGGUGCUUAGAUAUUGACGCAUGCUUAAUCAACCCGUGCCACGUGCAAGCCAUAUGCACAGAUAACCCAGCUCCUGCUCUCGAUGCGACUUGCACCUGCAAUACUGGAUAUACUGGAGAUGGACUCAUCAGUGGGAGUGGAUGUUCAGACAUCGAUGCCUGCUUGGCUAAUCCGUGCCACGUGCAGGCCACAUGUACAGAUAACCCAGCUCCUGCUCUCGAUGCAACUUGCACCUGCAACACGGGAUAUACUGGAGAUGGUCUUGUCACUGGAAAUGGGUGUUCAGACAUCGAUGCCUGCUUGGCUAGUCCGUGUCACGUGAACGCCACCUGCACAGAUAACCCCGCCCCUGCACUUGAUGCGACUUGCACCUGUAACGCCGGAUAUACAGGAGAUGGUCACGUCAGUGGAAAUGGGUGUUCAGACAUCGAUGCCUGCUUGGAUAACCAUUGCCACGUGCAGGCCACAUGUACAGAUAACCCAGCUCCUGCUCUCGAUGCAACUUGCACCUGCAACACGGGAUAUACUGGAGAUGGUCUUGUCACUGGAAAUGGGUGUUCAGACAUCGAUGCCUGCUUGGCUAGUCCGUGUCACGUGAACGCCACCUGCACAGAUAACCCCGCCCCUGCACUUGAUGCGACUUGCACCUGCAACACUGGAUAUACUGGAGAUGGUCUUGUUAGUGGAAAUGGAUGUUCAGACAUCAAUGCCUGCUUGGCCAGUCCGUGUCACGUGAACGCCACCUGCACAGAUAACCCCGCCCCUGCACUUGAUGCGACUUGCACCUGUAACACUGGAUAUACAGGAGAUGGUCUUGUUAGUGGAAAUGGGUGUUCAGACAUAGACGCCUGUUCGGACGAUCCGUGUGACGUGGAAGCCAUCUGUACAGAUAACUCCGCUCCUGCUCUCGAUGCGACUUGCACCUGCAACACUGGAUAUACUGGAGAUGGACUCAUCAGUGGGAGUGGAUGUUCAGACAUCGAUGCCUGCUUGGCUAAUCCGUGCCACGUGCAGGCCACAUGUACAGAUAACCCAGCUCCUGCUCUCGAUGCAACUUGCACCUGCAACACGGGAUAUACUGGAGAUGGUCUUGUCACUGGAAAUGGGUGUUCAGACAUCGAUGCCUGCUUGGCUAGUCCGUGUCACGUGAACGCCACCUGCACAGAUAACCCCGCCCCUGCACUUGAUGCGACUUGCACCUGCAACACUGGAUAUAUGGGAGAUGGUCACAUCAAUGGAAAUGGGUGUUCAGACAUCGAUGCCUGCUUGGAUAACCCGUGCCACGUGCAGGCCACAUGUACAGAUAACCCAGCUCCUGACCUCGAUGCGACUUGCACCUGCAACACUGGAUAUACAGGAGAUGGUCUUCUUACUGGAAAUGGAUGUUCAGACAUCGAUGCCUGCUAUGCUAGUCCGUGUCACGUGAACGCCACCUGCACAGAUAACCCCGCCCCUGCACUUGAUGCGACUUGCACCUGUAACGCCGGAUAUACAGGAGAUGGUCACGUCGGUGGAAAUGGGUGUUCAGACAUCGAUGCCUGCUUGGAUAACCCGUGCCAUGUGCAGGCCACAUGUACAGAUAACCCAGCUCCUGCUCUCGAUGCAACUUGUACAUGCAACACUGGAUAUACAGGAGAUGGUCUUGUUACUGGAAAUGGGUGUUCAGACAUCGAUGCCUGCUUGGCCAGUCCGUGUCACGUGAACGCCACCUGCACAGAUAACCCCGCUCCUGCACUUGAUGCGACUUGCACCUGUAACGCCGGAUAUACAGGAGAUGGUCUUGUUAGUGGAAAUGGGUGUUCAGACAUCGAUGCCUGCUUGGCUAGUCCGUGUCACGUAAACGCCAGCUGCACAGAUAACCCCGCCCCUGCACUUGAUGCGACUUGCACCUGCAACACUGGAUAUACAGGAGAUGGUCUUGUUAGUGGAAAUGGGUGUUCAGACAUCGAUGCCUGCUUGGAUAACCCGUGCCAUGUGCAGGCCACAUGUACAGAUAACCCAGCUCCUGCUCUCGAUGCAACUUGUACAUGCAACACUGGAUAUACUGGAGAUGGUCUUCUUACUGGAAAUGGGUGUUCAGACAUCGAUGCCUGCUUGGCUAGUCCGUGUCACGUGAACGCCACGUGUACAGAUAACCCUGCCCCUGCACUUGAUGCGACUUGCACCUGCAACACUGGAUAUACUGGAGAUGGUCUUGUUAGUGGAAAUGGGUGUUCAGACAUAGACGCCUGUUCGGACGAUCCGUGUGACGUGGAAGCCACAUGUACAGAUAACCCAGCUCCUGCUCUCGAUGCGACUUGCACCUGCAACACUGGGUAUACUGGAGAUGGUCUCCUCAGUGGGAGCGGAUGUAAUGACAUCGAUGCCUGCUUGGAUAACCCCUGUCACGUGCAGGCCACAUGUACAGAUAACCCAGCUCCUGCCCUCAAUGCGACUUGUACCUGCAACACUGGAUAUGCCGGAGAUGGCCUCGCCGAUGGAUCUGGAUGUACAGAUAUCAAUAAAUGUGAUCCUAAUCCAUGUCAAAACGGAGGAAUCUGCACUGUGAGGGGAAACAGCUACAAUUGUAGGUGUUCACGGGAAUAUGCAGGACGUCACUGCGAAAAGGAGUUAGAAAACUGUGGACGUAACAAGUGUCACCUGGAUGGAUACUGCAACAAUGCUUUGGCCAGAUGCGUCUGCCACGAAGGCUACAGAGGGAGUGGAACAUUCUGUUCGAAGGUGGUCACGCACCAUUUUGCAUGCAGAUUCCCGACUAUCAUUUUUACCAUUCGUUUGCUGGUUACUACGUCACCGGCUUUUGGAUUUUGGGGAAGGAUUGUUCGGCAACCGUUUGAGACAGCCAUACGACGAAAGAGCCUGUACGUGACGCCAGAUUACGACGGCGAUGGCACAGAUGAUAAUUACGACAUGGGGGUGGAGAACAUGCGUGUACUAAGAUUCCGUCCUGGAAGUGUGAUUGCAGUAUACGAAUUAAACAUCACGGAGCACACUAUACCAGAAUUAGAGCUGUUUAUCAGAAAUCUAACUGCCGACAACAGAAUUGGAAACCUCUCCAUUCAGAGUAACUAUACUGUUUUGGGAGAUGAAGCUCUUGUACGCUGCCACUGUGAACUUGACUCGGAGAAGUGCGUUGAAGGGAAGUCUAACUGGACAUGUGAAUGCCGCGAAGGAUACACCAGAACCACUGAUGGAACGUGUGAAGAUGUCGAUGAAUGCGCUCUGGACAUUGAUACCUGUAGUGACGACUCUGACUGCGUCAAUACAAGAGGAUCCUACACUUGCAGCUUCUGCAAACCGAUGGUGAGCAUACUUGGAGGAGGGCGAACUAUCCUGAGGAGCGACCGAUUGCAGCUCAACAGCGUCAUCGAGUACUCGCCGAAAUGUGCGAUCGAAAGUAUCAGGGGAAUCAGGUACGAUUGGACGUUUAACAGCACAGAUGAGAUGACACAGCGUCGACUGAGCCAACUCGCUCGUACUCAGCAGGCAGACAUAAAGAUACAGCCCAAGACAAUGGCCGUAGGCAAGGUCACUUUCUUCCUGACAGUCGUUGCUGUGGACGAUCGCGGGAUAGAACUUUCAUCUCAAACGUCGACGACGAUCACCGUCACCUUCGCCCCGCUCAUGGCCGGGAUUCUGGGCGGCUCCAGAAGGCAGACAAGAUACGGAACUCUGACGCUUGACGCUGCAACACUGUCGUUUGACCCUAACGGGCUGCUCAGUUGUCGUAACCUGACGUAUACCUGGGCGUGUACCGAACGUGCCAACAAUGAGUGCCCAGAAUUACGUCCUACUUCUGACUGUGGUAAAUUUCUUGCAUCGGUAAAACCCGAGUUGUUUACACGCGUUUUCACCUUCACCCUGACGGUUUCGGCGCCGGAAAGGAUACAAGGCACGGCCACACAGAUUAUUGAAGUCGUCGAGUCGUCAAUUCCAAGCCCACAAAUUAUUUGUGAAGAAUUGCACGGCACAUGUGGACCCGUUAUAAACGAGGGAGAACAAAUGAAGCUGAUGUCCAAUUGUACAAACUGUGAUCAGCAAUCUGAUGACGUCUCUUACCAAUACUGGUGGACGCUUGUCGCUAGUCCUGCUGGUUAUUCGGAGUGGGCAGAUCGUGAUUAUGACAACAAUCUCCUGAAUGAACGUGAUCAGGACUAUCUAGUGCUGAAGGCCAACGUUUUUGACAAGCCAGGUGACUAUACAAUGAGGCUCAACAUAACAGAAAGUCCAACAAACUUCAUGGGUUACGCUGAGUACAUCUUUACUACUAACGGUCCUCCAAGCAUUGGAUCAUGCAGAGUGAUGCCACCCGACGGCACGGCCUCAAUAGACGACUUCAGGAUAUGCUGCGAAGGUUUUCAUGACCCUGAUCAACCCCUGACCUACAACUUUCUUUACGAAACUGACAUUGACAUUGCAUCCGUGAAUACGACGUCUACAAAUGUCCUUCAAUUGUUGUAUACUGGACCGGAGAACUGUACGGCAUUACUGAAGCUUCCGCUCGGAAAUCGUAGUGACAACUAUCGCCUUCCUAUUCGAGUUCAAGUGGUGGAUAAGUACGGUGGGUCUGUGACAAUCGAGCCGUCACCGCCAACGGUGCGGCCGCCCAGAGUUUCGUCUAUCCAGUUUAACAACACCACAACCAAAGAUGUUCAGAAAACCACCGCUGAGAUCUCCAGCAUAGCGUCUGUCCUGAAUGCUCAGGGCAACACGACAGCCAAUAUGACACAAGACAGGGUUCGGCUUCGGGAUAGUUUGACGGCCAUUGUGCAGCAGGUGGAGAUUGUCACACUGGAGCACGUUCAGCAGGUCCUGGGCGCCUUGGAGCACGUCACUGCAGUUCCGAUGGAGCUCGCCAACAAUGCACAGGUGGACGCAUCGACCACGCUGAAGGAUGUGAGUGAGCUGGUGAUGAACGUGUCAGGGGACAGUGGCACGGAGGAGCUAGAAGUCCUCUCAGCACAUAUCUUAACAGUCGCUGUAAAUGUCAUCAGUGCAUCCAACAUCAGGGCUAUAGAGACCAAGGAGAGGAAUGGCAACAAAAACAUGACAUCUGAUCCGGACAAUGUGAAGCAGGUGCUGGAGCAAGUCGAGAAGAACAAAGAGGCCACUACUAGAGUGUUGGGUACAAUUAACACCUUCGGCACCAUCCUGCUGUCAAGAAAAACCAGAGACGACAAACCAACGCUACUUGUGUCCAAGGGCUUCCUCCUAAGCCUGGCCAACACAAGUUGUGAGAGGCUGGGAGAGCGAACUAUUCGAACUGAUGAGGAACGGGUUGGAGCCUUCUUUUUCUUACCAGAAAAAGCCGCCAAGCAGAUGGACUGCUUCCAAAAACGUAACGGAAGCGUUGGGUCCAAGACCUUCUGGACGCAGGAAAACCCGCAUGGGUACUCACCAAACUCUGGAGAUGUUAAGACAGGGGUGCAGGCGCUCUCCUUCGAGAGAAAGGAGGGGGCAGUGAUCCGUCUGAAUGAGCUGCAGGACGAAGCAAGGAUACAGCUGAUAACGCCACGGAUCGACCAGAAUAACGAUUUCAUCAUCAACGGUACGACCCAGCCGGAAAGCAGUGGCAAUAUCACUGUUCAUAACUUCAACAUCAGCGAGCCGGGGACAUCCCUUCACAUUUUCCUGGAGUCCCAGGACGACCAGGUCCCAUUAAGACUCUUCUUGCAACGAGGUGCGGACGCAUCACCAACCGACUAUAGUUGGAACACGUCGUUGCCUCUAACAAAGAAGUCCCCGCAAUGGUCCAGAAACGUCUCCGCAGAUCCAUUCAGUUGGUUUCUGUCGCAAGAGGAGCUGAACAUCACUGAGGAGGACACUCCGUGGUCGUUAGCCGCUCAGCAUGAGCCUCGAUCACCUGGCUCAAAUGACACCGAAGAGAACUUCAUAGCCAGGUACCAAAUUACAAUCAUUGCCGCCAGGUGUCUCUUCUUUGACGAGGAACAGCAUCUGUGGGAAGACCGCGGUUGUAAGGUUGGACCAUUCACGACAAGGGACCACCUGCAUUGUCUGUGCAACCACCUUACCUCCUUCGGCUUCUUUGUGGCUCCCAAUAAACUGAACAUCAGAGCGGCCCUCCUGAAAAUCCCAGACGACAUCACGACUAACUUCAUCGUGUGGGCCACGGUCGGCACUGCGUUCAUGCUGUAUUUUAUAUUGUUAUUCUGGGCAAGAGGUCGGGACAUCAGGGAAAAGAAGAAGCUACGCAGACGGCAUGGCAACCUUGUUCGCGGCACAAGCUAUAACCGUUUGCUGGAGUUCCAUCUGUGGGCAUCGGUCGUCCGGCCUCCAUCGCACAGCACCUUCACGCGUGCGCAGAGAGUGUCCUGUUGCUUCUCCCUCCUCAUGUUGUUGAUGGUCACAAACAUCAUGUUCUUCCAGCAGAGCACAGAGAACAACACUAUCCACAUCGGAGGCUCAGAAAUACCGUUAAACAUCAGUUUACGAACGGUGAUAUUGGGGCUGACGUGUACACUGAUCGCUUUCCCGCCAAAUGUCAUCAUAGUUUUGAUCUUCCGGAACCUUUCCGUUCGAAGACAGAAAACCGUCCAACUGGACAAUAUCAUCCAAGCAAGAGCUUAUCAAGAAUUCGGUGGUGUCUACAAUGCAAGAAGGACGGGCCCCGGCUGUCUUGAUACCCAGAACUGCACUUCCGACGCUGUAAGCACGUCAUCGGGGUCAGAGCAUGAUGGGAGAAGGAGGGGGUAUAUCGACCCUAAAACAGGAGUAAUGCACCAGUAUCGUCCCCCUGUCGCACAGCAGGACGGGUGUCUGCCGUGGUGGUUCUUGUUCAUAGCAUGGUUCCUUAUCUUCGCCAUCGUCACCCUGUCGGCCUUCUUCACCCUGUUAUACGGCGUGCAGUACGGCCGGAGCAAAGCCGAGGCCUGGCUCUUCGCCUUCCUCAUGUCCUUCCUUACAGACAUGCUCCUUGUUCAGCCGCUGAAGGUGCUUCUAAUCGUCAUCUUUGUGCGGCUCCUCUGUAAGAACCAAACGAAGUCCACAUCACAAUUUCGCAAGGCCUUACUGCAAUGGAAGAAACUGCCACGGGCUAAAUUGAAAGGUAAACUCGGCAGUCAGCGCCUGGCAGACCAAAUCCAGGACCUGGAUGAGAGGUCAUCUGUAGACUCCUCACUCCCAGUGGAUGAGAGGUACUCCUCGGAGCCGUCACUCCCCAGUACAGCAUCUAUAUCCACACCUGAUGAUUCUCUAACCACGCACGGCACUGACGAACUGGACACCUCUACUGAAGACAUCGAAUCAGCGUCUUACCUCCACCUCGAGACGCUUUCAGACGCCUCGAGUGACCCAUACCCCUCCGAGUAUGGCGAGUUAGAGGCGCCUGACGCCUGGACCACAAUGCAUGGCGGUGAACGAGUACGUCCCGUACAUUCCGAGUACGACGUAGACGCAGCUGAAGACAAUGAUUCAUCAGCGAAGCCGUUUCGACAAAUUUCUUAUAAACUGCGAUAAAAUAAGUUAUUAACUGACUAAGCAGUGAAAUCGAGCAGACGAACAUCAUAUCGUUUAUUUUUAUACUAGUACUUAGCAAUAUUCCGUCCGUAUUUCAUUGCUAAUAUCCACCAUGAUAGCAAACAGAAAACGGUAGCAGUGAGACAAUUAAUUGAAGACUAUAUAUCAAGAUUACAGCGCCAACCCAAGACUAAAACGGACUACUAGUUUUACUUAGCAUACGAAAUCAUUUACCAACAACGUUAGAAAUGUAACAAAGUUUAAGAGAGGCACACUUGUACAAUCCAUUUGCAUAGCAAAUACGAACAAGGACUCUGUAAAUAUGUUGAGAUUAUCAUAUUUUCAAGAAUUCUGCUUAAUUUUUGUGUUUUACGCUUUACGUUUUGUAAUAAACGUUAUCAAUGUUGCUGACCAUCGCCUUGGUAGUUAUGGCAAACAGUAAUAAAUUCCGUCAUUAUGUAUUUCUCUUCA